CACAUCGGGUAGCGACAACGUUUAAAGACUUUGGGAAAGCAAAGUGGGUUAUACAGCCACUGGGUGGGUGACAGCCUCCACGUUUUGACUGAUGAUCGUAUACAAUAUAGCCUACACUGCGCUGCGCUAUGUCAAGAUACGGUCGUGAGACUAAGGUAUAUGUUGGUAACCUGGGCACAGGUGCAGGGAAAGGAGAGCUAGAGCGAGCGUUUGGAUAUUAUGGGCCAUUGCGAACUGUGUGGAUUGCUAGGAACCCCCCAGGGUUCGCCUUUGUGGAGUUUGAAGAUCCCCGGGAUGCUGAAGAUGCUGCCCGUGGCCUUGAUGGCAAGGUAAUCUGUGGCUCUAGACUGCGUGUUGAGCUUUCCACUGGGACUCCCCGCAGGUCGCACUAUGAUAGGCCACCAACCCGUAGGCCCUUUGAUCCAAAUGACCGUUGCUAUGAGUGUGGUGAGAAAGGGCACUAUGCUUAUGAUUGUCACCGUUACAGUCGUCGGCAUCAAAGCAGGUCCGGAUCUCGUUCUUACUCACGCUCCCGUGGAAGGAGGUACUCAUGUUCCCACUCAAGAAGCGGCAGUCGAGGUAGAAGGUCUAGGUCAGGAUCCCGGUCAAGGUCCAGAUCUCAUCCUAGAAGCAGCCACUCUGAUUCCCGGAGUGAAGGUGGGAGCCCAGAGUGAGAUGAUUGAUCCAAUGUUUUUCACAACUCUUUAGCCAUGCUCUACUGCCAUAGUGGAUAUGUAGGCUAUUUAGUUAGCAACUAGUUUUGCAGUUUGAAUAAUGCCCAUUAAAACAUUGAUCUCAUUAGAAUAGGGGGAUUGUAGCACCAUGACACUGCUGUAUGCAAUACUUAUGGUGUGGAUACCUUGGACUUUGAGAAGUUUUGUUAACUGUAUCAAAAUAACUUUGCUCUGUGAUGAUUUUGUCAACCAUACAGUAGUUUUUCAAUUUGUGUGUGUGUGUGUGUGUGUUACUUAAUAUAUUCAUAGUAAACACAAAUUAAGAUAACUGACACAAUAGAUUAAUAAAUUAUUUGUAUUUAUUUCUUUUGGGGGUCCAGUUAUGAAUAAUCUGUUUACUUGAUCCAUCACACCCAUCUGUUCCUAACUUGUUCAUAACUAAUAAAUCAGUGAAUUUAUACUUAACAUGUACCAAAGUGCUUACAAAGCCUUUCCCCCUGAACUCCUAAGACAAAGCACUCAGGCAAUAGUGGCAAGGAAGGAAAUUGUUUUUAAAAGGAAGAAUCCUUAAUCAGAACCCAUCUCAAAGAUGGCAACAGGGAAGCAGAGUAGAAAGAGAGAAGAAGAAGCAGAUGGAGUCAGUGGCAGAUAACGUAAUUCACAAAUCAGUCUGGGGGAAGCGUAUCAGAAUACAGUAACUGAGGUAAACUGUAUGAUACAUACAAGACUGGCCUUGGGUGAAAAAUGCAGUGAGUACAUUCAAAGUAUCAGUUGUACAAAACAGAGCAGGAGCAACAGAAGUUACUAUUAUAAUGAUAAGUCGUGUUAUGAAACAAGGAAUGAAGUCAAUGCUGUGUCAAAGGGUCAGAAAAGUCUACCAUGCAAUGAUUUAAAACAAUAAAAGGUGUUCAAUGAACAUGUGUCUUUUUCAAAGGUGAAUACUUUUAUAGGCACUGUACAUAAGAAGAGUUAAAAAUUAAGGGCCGAAGUUGACUUCUGCAAGCUGAUCGAAAAUCUGUAGCUUUAUCCCACUGUAUUGAUACUCUAAUGGCCCUUUUCCACUAUGGGGUAAAACCCCGGUGUCUGGGGUAAAGCCUUGGACUUUUUAUGAUUGAGGCCGGACCGGGACCGCGGCCUCAGGUAGGCCCUGUAGUAGGGCAGGGCCGAAUCGGGAUUCAACCGAGGACUUUUGGAAUGGAAUACGGUAGCUUUUUUAGGGUUGCCUAGCAACAUAAGUGACAUUGCUUAUUUUU